AAAAAAACUAAUCUAAAUAAAUAAAUAAGAGUAAAAAAAAUGAGGAUAAUCGUUUCUGAUUAAAAAAAUAUGCAAGGACUUUACCUGAAUUUAUGGUAGCAAAAUUUCCUGCGCGGUAAUUGUAUUAAGUUUCCAGGAGGCAGGAGGUAAAGGUCACGUUCAAAAACAGCAAAAGGAAGAGACAGGGUCCAGCCGACCCUUUAGAAAAAGCAUAACAAAUUAUUUCCCGGCCACUUCCUCCCUCUUUCCCUGCUCGAACGGUAGUACUACUCCACUACUCCCCCUUCUCAGCUCAAGGGGGCUCGCCGGAAGCCCCUUCCGGCCAUGGCGGAGUCCGGCGGAUGCUGCCGGUGCUGCUGCCGAUUCAUCUUCACGGUGGGCCUGACCGCGCUCUUCAUGUGGCUGAGCCUCCGAACCUCCAACCCCACCUGCUCCAUCGAGGCAUUUUACGUCCCUGCCCUCAACAAAUCUGCCAAUUCCUCCUCCAACACCUCCAUCUACUUCGACCUCCGCCUCAAGAACGGCAACAAGGACAAGGGAAUAUACUACGAUGCCCUCAACCUCACCUUUUAUUACGGCCCCACCCCCAACCUCUCCGUCGCCAACGCCUCCUUUGCCCCCUUCCGGCAGGGGAACAACAAGAAAACGGACCGCAGAAUGACCGUCGACGCUCGCGGGGUUCCCUGGAAGGCGGUUCCCCGGAACGGGUCGGCGGUUUUCCGGGUGGAUUUGGAAACGAAGGUGAGGUUCAGGAUCUUGGUUUUCAAGACCAAGAGGCAUGGGAUCAAGGUAGGGGCUCCAGUGGAAGUCAACGACCAAGGCACCAAGGUCAACAGGAAGGGCAUUAAGCUCAAGUCCGGCGCACCGGACGAUGGAUGCCACCCUGCGCUGUUGGGAUUUUUGGGCAUUUUGUUCUCUCUUGCUUUUGCUUAAUUAUCGAUGUUCUUCUUUCCUUUUUCUUUUUUCUGGAGACGUGAAUUUAAUUUUCUUUGUAUCAGGAAUUUGAUAUUUAUGAAAGUCAUGGAGAUUUUUUUGGUUA